CGGAAGAGUUGACAACCAAACUGGUUGACUCUGCUAUUAUCAAUAUCCAUUCCACUCUCUUGUAUGAUUGACACACCAACUUUUCAUCUUACAUCUCUUGAAGUUCGUGGCCUGGUGGAAGAUGUUGUCUGCCAGCUAUAGACGAUUGUUAUGUGCACCGUUGUCACGCGAAAUGCACACCUUACGAAGCAGGUCCGCUGGCCUCCCGGAAGGAUUCAAAUUUUUCCCGAAAUUUCUGUCCCUCUCCGAGCAGCGCACACUGCUCUCCGCCGCACUCUUUAAACUCGACUCUACCGAAAGCAAACAAGCUCGGAAGCAACGGAGGGACUUCCUUGCCAACCACCCGCAGGAGCAUCGUGUGAUUGAGGACAUUUUCCUUCCCGACGCAUACUAUAAUUUCCAAGAGGGCCAUUAUGAUGGCGUGAUACGACAUUAUCGUGAGAUGCACUUGUCAUCCUGGCCGGAGGAUCAGAAUCCGGGUCUUUCGCUCAUUCUAGCUCGUUUGCAAGGGCUAUAUCCAACCUCGAACAUACAAACACAUCUUCUACACCUAUCAUCCGUAGGGGAGAUUCUCGAGCAUGUGGAUAAUAUAGAAGCCAGUGGAACUUGGAUUCUCGGUGCCAGCCUUGGGGCCGCCAGAUUAUUACGGAUGGAGUCGACAAGCAACCCAGAAGAGUCCUUCGAGGUUCUACUCCCAUCGGGUAGUGUUUAUUUGCAAAUGGACAGCGUGCGGUAUGACUAUAAGCACUCUGUACUAAAAGCGGGCGGUGACAUCAAGGCUGGCCAACGAGUCAGUAUAAUGAUCAGAGACCGAAAGGAAGUGCCUACAUUCAAUACAUAAAAGGUUAUUUCUUCAGCAACGACACGCACUUGCCAAUCCGGGACUGUGUCGUCGUAUGGUCCGAUAGACAGGCACUGGCGAUUUUACCGCAUAUUUCAUUCAACCAGCGCCUUUCCUUCGGGCUUCCGUCCUGUUUGGACUCAGCUUGAUCUGAAUAUGAACAUACCAAGCUCGAAUGAAAUUGGUGCUCGCAUAGCAUUUUAAAUCCAGCCUAUAGUGUUUGUUACGGAGCAUGCAUUUGGGGUGGAAUGGAGAUGAUAUGUCACAGCAAUGCCUGCGAAAAAGUGUGGCUCACAAAAUUACCGGCACUUACGAAUAGAUCGAGGGG